CAAUAUUUGGUUCAAGCUUUCUCACACAAAGUCCAACUAUAAUAAUCGGUAAAAGAAUUUAUUAUAAUAAAAUUCUCUUCUACUAUGAUGAGCACAAAAUGUUGAAGAAUAUAAAAUUGUUGUUGAUUAGUCGUAAUUCCAUUGAAUGUAGCUCAAGCCAUUUUCCUCUCAUCACCAUCUUCAACUCCAAAUCAGUACUCCCACAAAACGCCAUGAGUUUCUUCGAAUUCCCUCUCUUCUACCACCACCAGCAAAACGAUCAAGAGACAAUCCAAUGUUUGCCUCUUCUUAGCAGGUUUACAGAGAAGCUGGAGGUGAAGGAAGAGGAAGACGACUGCAGAGUGAAUGAGAAUGCUGCUGUGGCGCUCCACAUAGGGUUGCCGGAUAUAGGAGAAAUUGAUGGAGAUCAGAGAAACCGCUAUGGUUUCAAGGAAGAUGACGAAGAGUAUUCAGUGAAGAAGAAUUCUUGUAAUGGAAGUUUGAAUGGUGAGAGGAGAUUUUGGAUCCCAACUCCAGCACAGAUUCUUGUUGGUCCCAUGCAGUUUUCUUGCAGUAUAUGCAACAAGACCUUCAAUAGAUACAAUAACAUGCAGAUGCACAUGUGGGGCCACGGGUCGGAGUAUCGGAGGGGCCCGGAGUCCCUGCGGGGAGCGCAGCCGGCGGCAAUGCUGCGGCUGCCGUGCUACUGCUGCGCGGUGGGGUGCAAGAACAAUGUGAACCACCCGCGCGCGAAGCCGCUCAAGGACUUCCGCACGCUGCAGACGCACUACAAGAGGAAGCACGGGGCCAAGCCGUUCGCGUGCAGGAAGUCGUGCGGGAAGUCGUUUGCGGUGAAGGGCGACUGGCGCACGCACGAGAAGAACUGCGGAAAGCUAUGGUACUGCACGUGCGGCUCCGACUUCAAGCACAAGAGGUCGCUCAAGGACCACAUUAGGUCCUUCGGGAAGGGCCACGCGCCCCACCCUUCCCUCGAAGGCUUCGAAUGCUCCGAGGACGACACUGCCUAGAGAUACGCUCUAUGUGUGUCGUGCUGUUAUCAUGUCGUGUUGUAGUUGCGACUGCUCGGCAGCAAAAAAUUCUCUCGCCCGCGUUUGGUUGCAGGAGGCGAAAUUAGGGGAACGGUUUGCUGCUGAGCACUCGCAGCUAUAUUUGUGUUUGUUAUUUUCAAAUAUGGAAGACUUGUACAAGUUGUGAAGCUGAUGAAUUUUUUUUCUUGCUAAUUAUGAGAGGAAAUUUGCCAGCUUCAAACUCUGUUGAUGUUCUACUUUGCUUUUUUAGUUCGUGUUUUGCACUUGUUUAUUUAUCGGUGCAAAAUUAUUUCUACUGAUCUUUGUGAUAUGGUUAUCUAUAGCUUCUAUUCUUGCGUUGCUAGACAUAUGUACAUAUAUAAAGAGUGAUAUUUAUUUCAAAACCAUUUUGUUUGUCU